ACGAUGGCCGAAGGACCUGAUCCAGUUGUUGCUGAUCUCGAGCAAGAAGUGACCUGUGGCAUCUGUCAUGACCGCUACCAGGAGCCAAAGCUGCUCCCUUGUUGUCACUACUACUGCAAGCAAUGCAUCCUCACACUCUCCAGUCGCUACCGACCCAACCAGCCAUUCCCCUGCCCCGACUGUCGUGAGCCCACUCUAUUGCCAGACAACAACCCUGACAGACUGACUACUGCGUUCUUCAUCAACCGGAUGAAAGCACUCCACUCGAGGAUGGAGAAAGCCCACGGCAAGUUAGAGACCACCUGUGAAAUGUGCUCUGGGGGAAAGGCCACUGCAUUCUGCCGACAGUGUGUCAGUUUUAUCUGUGACGAUUGUGUGAAGUCUCAUAAAAUGAAAGUAUUUUCCGGACAUGCUAUCUCCACUCUGGACGAGCUCAAACAGGGCGGAGUGAAAGAACUAACAUUCGAAAGCCCACCACCCCCAAAAUGUGAAGAUCACGAAGAGCCAAAAAAGAUUUUCUGUUUCGAUUGCAACAAGCUCAUCUGUCGAGACUGUAUCGUUAUUGAACAUGCUGGACACAAUUACGAAUUUGUAAAGAAAGCUGCCCCCGCAACUCGCAAAAAGCUGACGGAGCACCUCUCCCCACUCAAGAACUUACUGCCUGAUCUGAGCACCGCUGUGAAUCAAGUGAAAGGAACUAAACAAAAGAUCCAGGCCCAGAAAGAACUGACAGAGAGACAAGUGAAUGCCAAGUUCCAGGAGCUACACGAUAUUCUCGAUCGAUGCAAGGUUCGUGUUUUACGAGAAUCUUCUGCUUUGGCUGAUUCAAAAAUGGAGAAGCUGACGAUUCAAGAGAAGGGUGUGGACCUGUCCCUGGGCACUGCUCAGAGUUUGAUUGACUUUGUAGAGCGUACACUGGAGAAUGCAAGUGAUGAAGAACUGAUUACGAUGCAAGAGCAGGUGGUGAGUCGAAUCGAUGCCGAGGUGGUGAAGCGAGGGAAGGAAGCAGCCAAUCCUGAUCCAGUGGAGAAAGAUGAUUUUGGAGUCGAAGUGUUUGUUUGUGAGGAUCUCAAGAAGUUGUGUGAGAACAAUGUUAUUGUGUAUGACGGUAAAGUGGAUCCAACAAAGUGCACUGUGGAAGGAGAUGGAGCUAAAAAUGCUGAAAUCGAUAAACCUACUUGCUUUUCAAUCAAUACACACCAGCCACAACAAUUUUCUUCAAACACUAAAGUGACUCUAAAAUCGCUAGUUGAUGAAUCAUCUCAACAAUUGCAAGCAGUGCCUGUGAGGGGUGGAGUGUACAGCGUUGAGUACACCCCUAGGGUACGUGGUCGACACCACCUCCUGAUCUCAGUGGACGACCAGCCCAUCCCAGGAAGCCCCUUCUCUGUGUUCAUCAAAAUACCCCCUACCAAGCUAGACAAACCAGUGAGGGUGAUAAGGGAAAUCAACAACCCUCAGUAUAUGGUAUUCAACUCAUCCGAAGAACUGAUUGUAACUGACUAUAGCGGUUAUGUUUUGGUGUUUGACAAGAAAGGAAAACAGAUUCGAAGCAUCAGCAGAUCAAAGCAUGGGUUUGGCUGUAUCUCUGGUGUGGCAGUAGACAAGGAGGACAACAUCUAUGUCUGUGAUAGCGGCAAAAACUGUGUGUACAAGCUCAACAAAAGAGGAGAUCUGCUAAAGAGGUUUGGGACGAAGGGAAGUGGUCCAAAGGAACUCAACUACCCUCGAGGGAUAGCAGUCGCUGGUGAUCAAGUGUUUGUGUGCGAUAAGAAUAAUCACAGAGUCCAAGUGUUGACGACAGAGCUGGAGCCAGUCAAGCAGAUUGGUUCAUACGGAACUGGUAAUGAGCAUUUUAACCUACCAGAGGAUGUAGCAGUGGACAAUGAACAAAUAGUGUAUGUCACUGACUGUUAUAAUCAUCGUGUUCAAGUGCUCACUAUGGAUGGUCGGUUUAUUCGCUCGAUUGGAAAGGAAGAAAGUGGACAAGGAGAUCUGUAUUGCCCUAAUGGUGUGUGUGUCACUGGUUUUGUUUAUGUUAUGGACAAUGGUAACAAUCGUGUGUCAGUGUUUACUAAAGACGGUCAGUUUGUCACAUCAUUUGGUAAUGGUCAUAUCACUAAUCUUUAUGGAGUAGCUGUGGACAAUGAUGGUUUUGUGUAUGUGCGCAGUCACGGAUCUGUUGUUAUAUUUUAGUUAUUAUUUGUGUGUGUGGGCAGUAGCAAUCUGUGUUUUAUGUGUAUGUAAUAAUUUACUUUUGAUUGAGAAGCAGUUAAUUCUACUGAUGAUCUUUACCUGCCUGCUGCCUAUUUUGGGAAAGAUUGUUUGUGAUUGUGUUAUGAGGAUCUUUACCAUCUUAUUACAAGUGAAAAUGGACAAGUACCUAGCACACUCUGUAUCUGAAGCUGCAUCAGUUGCAUUGACCCAUUAUACAACUACAGAGAGAGCAGAGCCACUGCUUGCGAGACUCCACUAUCAAUCAGAUCUCAAUAACCUCACUAAAAGUGACAAUCUCAAUGCAAGAUGAGGUACCCACUGAUGACCAACCAAGCUCUGAAGAUGAACCAUUUGACCUCUACACGGCCCAGUGUCCCUAGUUUGUGAGCUCAACAAACAGGUGAUGAUGUCUCAAGCAUUAGCAGCAGAAGCCACGUUCAUUGCACAGCAAGCUACAUUUGAGGUACAAGAGCAGCCCCUCCCCCCAGAGGAUGAAGCCAGAGAAAUGCAAGCCCCCCCUGAAAAUAUUACGAUAGAAACUAUUGUAUCACAAGACACCACACGGCAGCAAAGUGAUGAAGUCAUAGCAACGCAAGACAACUCUCUGCAGUAUUUGGCCGAAUGUAUGGUUGGAAAAUUGCCGUGUGCUUGUGCUGCCGAGACAAGGUUCACAGAGGUCACUAGUAGAGCACAUCCAAUGGACACCACUAUAGACGAACCUUCACCCAAAGACCCUACAAUGGAUACGCUAUUAUUGUCCGACACAAGGAGACCAAUUGUCAACGAUGUCAUUGCAAGUACUGCAGGUGAACAGUCCUGACCGUGGCUGGAUACAGCUGGCUGAGUACCCAGAGCAUGACCUGGAGGAGCUAUCAGUUGCCAUGACCACCAGUGACCCCAACACUAUGAGCAGAGGCGAGUUGAUGGUUGGACUGUAUUGUGCUGUGCUGUGCUUGUGAGUGUUGGAGGCACUCAAGAGAGAGAAGAGGAUGGCUUCUACAGGAGAGCUAGAGUGACAGAGGUCAAUCGACCACACUAUAUUGGACAGCCUCAGGCUACACUGGAGCUGAUAGAUUGUGGCUCAACGAUGCACAGUGUGUCACUACGUAACCUCUACAAGCUCCCCCACGGACUGAGAGUGGGCGUGGUCCCUCCCCUGGCCCUCCCCACGGCUAUUGACGGCCUCUACUCAACAUUCAAUCACGGAGAGGAAUGGUUCCCACUGGACAAACAGCUACUAUGGAAACACCUACGACACAAAAUGGUGUUUGCCAAGGUUACCAGGAAACCAUCCGGGCUACAAGUUGGUGUCGUCGAUAUCUACUAUGAUCGUGUUGGCAAGAACAGAGUAACUAACCUGCUCCUCACUAAAGGACUAUACCUCAGCUCCACCUCUCUGCUAGCCAAGACCACACCCACACCUUAAACCACCCCCUCACAAGCAGUAACCACUCCCCCACGAUCAUUACUAUCUCGGCUCAGUUACCUACUAAAGAAAUCAAAACAAUUCAUGACCCUCAAAACAGAAACUAUUUGUGCACUAAAGAGACAUCAUCAAUGUCAGCUGUACUAGCACCGACAAACUUGUUUAAUGGUGUCAAAGUGUCUACUUGUGAGAAAGGAGAUUGUAAGGAAGCUGCCAAUUGCUGGUAUCAAGAUGCCCCUCUGGAGAGAGCCUCGUUAAGCGGGGAGGACUCCUGGUCUAACGAGUCUGAUGAGUGCUGUCAUAGCGACCGUCGUCUGAGCAGCAAGUCCCUAGUGUUGACAAGUGAUUAUCAUUUGAGAACUGAAAAUUUUAACUGAAUGAUGACUGGACUAGCUAUUAUUAUAGCCUAACUGCAAAUAUUGUAUGACCAUAGAUAUGGUAUGACUGUGAAGAAGUGUGGGUGUAUCUCAGUUACAUAUUUUCGCGAGUAUUAAUU